CGAAAAAGAGCGAGAGAGGAUCACAGAGGAAUUUUCGUUAUCCAUUGUUAUUCUCUUUCUCACGUUUCUCUCUCUAGAAUUUUCUAUCGUCGCUGCUUCUCAUUUGCAAAUUAGGGUUUUUCCGAAUCUCCGAUUAGUCGAAAAUCCAAUACAGCAGUUUCAGCCAUGGUUUCUGAUUCAGUUCCCGCCGCUCUUAUUCCUUCAGCUGCAAACACUAAGAACCUCGGCAAGAAGAAGAGGACCAACAGGUCUGCAAAAUUGAAACAGAACAAAAUUGAAGCGCGUCGUGAGCAAUGGUUAUCCCAAGGUUCUGUCAAGAGCAAGGGGUGCAAGGAUGUAAUCGACAGUGAUGGCCACGAGCUGCCAUUGUCAGCCGGGAAUCAUGGCAAGCGUCCGCUGGAGCAGUUGGAGACUAGGCACAGGGUGGAAGAAGACGACGGGUUGAUCCAUCAACACAGCGAUUCGGAAUCACCAGCUAACAGCCCCACAGGCAAUGAUUCUGGGACGAAUUUCACUGGAAGCAGUGGCAGCAGUAGCGGGAGCAGUAGCAGUAGGAGCAGCAGUAGUUACAGCAGCGCUGGGUGUUGCUCUGGGAACAUAACAGAAGAAGAUGACGAUGAAGAAGAGGAAGGAGGAGGGGAAGAAGAAGGUGAUGAUGGUUGCUUGGAUGAUUGGGAGGCUGUGGCAGAUGCUCUAGCCGCCAAUGACAAGCGCCAGAACCCUUGUUCUGAUUCACCUCCUUCACACGGCGAUGAAUCCGCUGUGCAAAUGGCUUCAUCGAACUGUGAAGAUCCAAACAGGGGGCCGAAUUCAGGGUCUCGGAAUUUGAAACCUGAGAGUACUAAUUUGGUUCCUUGGACUGGUAAUUGCCGAGCUUGGAGGGCUGAUGAUGCAUUUCGACCCCCGAGUUUGCCCAAUUUGUCCAAGCAGCACAGCUUGCCAAUCUCCGACCGACGUUGUGGUGGUGGUGUCCUUUGGAGUCGCUCUGCUAUGCCAUCAUCAUGUCCUAUAUGCUGUGAGGAUCUCGAUUUGACAGACACGAGUUUCUUGCCUUGCUUGUGUGGCUUUCGGCUUUGCCUCUUUUGCCAUAAGAGGAUUCUUGAAGAAGAUGCUCGCUGCCCUGGCUGCAGGAAGCCUUAUGAGUGCGAAGCUGUUGUUGAGACGGAGCCUAGUGUGCUUGGAGGCAGUCUCACCCUUCGGUUGGCUCGAUCUUGUAGCAUGGUCGAAAGGUCUUGAGGGAGCUCUAUCUGUUUUCAGUUGAGUUGUGUAUGGCUGUGGUCUCUCCUUUUCCUUCUUUUUUGCAUUCCUGCAUCGUUUGUAUUUUUAGAUCGAAAUAACUAAUUUUCAUAGGCCUAGUUGGUGUAGGGGUUAUGGUUUUUUUUUUCCGAGCACCAUAAAAAUCAAGUUGUUUCUCAUUUGAUCUUAUGGUGCAUGUGUUAAUGUAGAAUAGUCACGUUGGUAUGUGAAUACAUAAGGCGGUAUAGAAAUUCAAUACAUUUAAACUGUUUACAUUA